UAACCCUAACCUUAACCACACUGCUAAUGUUAUGCCCAAAGCUAACAUUAAAUUAAGACCAAAAAUCACAUUUUUGUUUCACGAAUUUUUACGAUAUAUCCAAUUAUUACUUUUUGGCUUUGGUAACUAGUGGAAACCCUCUAACUCACUCACACGGUCAGUAUCUGUCGGGGAGAGUCGCUUUUAGCAGAACCGACUGUUGUGUCUGUGGGAUUCAUUUCAAUGAUGAGCUACAGACAGACACGCUUUCCUGCAUCUCCCAUUCUCUAUCUAACUGCAGUAUAUUCGUGUAUUUGCAAGCUUGCUGUGGAUUCUAUCAUACUGUUGAGUCUUCUACGGGUGUAGUCAGAACUAAACUAGCCGCUGAAGUCUCAUCUCGGCGGAGGUCGCAUUUUGUAUAGCACCCUGGUUCAAAUAACCCCCCAAAAAACAAAGAAAUAUGGAGAAGUUGGAAAAUGGAAACAGAUCAGAGGAAAAGUGUGAAUCUCACGAGGGGGAAGAGUUGGACCCCAGGAUCCAGGGGGAGUUGGAGAAGUUGAACCAGUCUACAGAUGACAUCAACCGCUGGGAGACAGAGCUGGAGGACUGUCGCCAGAGGUUCCGUGCGGUGCUGGUAGAAGCCACAGUGAAGCUGGAUGAGCAGGUGAAGAGAAUCGGCAGAGCUGUAGAAGACUCCAAACCUUACUGGGAGGCCAGGAGAGUGGCUAGACAGGCCCAGCUGGAGGCCCAGAGGGCGACGGGGGAGUUUCAGAGGGCGGUGGAGAUCCUGGGGGCGGCUAAAGAGACCAUCGCCCUGGCAGAGGAGAGACUCCUGGAGGAGGACAGCAGACAGUUUGAUUCAGCCUGGCAGGAGAUGCUCAACCACGCCACCAACAGGGUGAUGGAGGCGGAGACGGCGAGGACUCGUAGCGAAUUAGAGCACAGAAAGACGGCGAACCACUAUAACGCCUGCAUCAGUCAUAUGAGACAGCUGGAGAAGAAACUAAAACGCGCCAUCAACAAGUCCAGGCCAUAUUUUGAACUGAAGGCAAAAUACUACCUACAACUUGAGCAACUAAGACGACAUGUAGACAAGUUUCAGGCCAAGCUGACCGUUGCCAAGGCAGACUACCGCACAACGCUGCAUAACCUAGAGACCAUCUCCGAGGAGAUCCACUCCCGGCGACACUCCAUCACCAUGGGAACCAGAGGGAGGGGCGUGGGGGCUGAGGGGGAGGGGGGAAAUGAGGACAUCACCAACUUCAAGAUGGAGUCAGACGGACUGUCCUUGGCAUCUGUGACGUUUGAUGAAGGCGAUAACAGGGGUGGAUCAGAGGAAGAGACAAAAACACACUCCACUUCCGCUCCCCUCGAUAUGCCCUCCUCUUCUCUCCAUGCCUACCCCUCCACCCCUCUGGACCUGCCCUCCUCCUCAUUCUCCACCCCCUCUGCCUACCUCUCCCCCUGCCCAUCCCUUAUGUCCUCGUCCUGUCCCAGUGCCAUGGAGGGACACAGUCCUGGCGGCUGGCUAAGCCCAGAGUGGAGGUGUGGUUCUCCUCUCCUCGGUCCCCGCUCCCAGUGCAGUGGAGCCUCCUCCCCAGACUGCGACCAGGAAAGAGGGGACAGAGCAGAGGGCGCGGAGCAGAAGUUGGAGGCAGGUCUAAGUAAGCUGACCCUAACAAUAACACACCCACUGCAUCCUGGGAACGACGACUCCAAGGAUGACCCCAAGACGACCUCCAGCUCCGCCACUACAACACAUAUUCCCAACCUUACCAUCCUCCAGACCAACAGCGCCUAACGGACAGACAACUUCACCUCUUACCCUUGACCCUUGACUCAUGACCUUUAAGCCUAAACUCUAACUGAGCGUUUCUAUGAACUUCAGUAACAUUACAAUGUGUUUUAUUCACUCCAGGGACAAAUCUGAAAUCACACCCUAUUCCAUGCAUAGGAAAUAUGGAAUAUUGGCAAUAGGGUGCCAUUUUGGAUCUUGGCCAGAACUGAUCUGGAAUAACCUGGAAGGGGAAAUAAACUUGGGGAUUGUGGGGGAUCAUAGCCAGGCAAGUCUAUUGUCUACACCUUAAAACACUCCAAACCAAGGAAGGGUGUGAAAGAGACCUUGCUAUGGCUGUGUCCCAAUCUUCCAAAAAGGGUGGACUUGCACAAUCACUGUCAUGGAUUUAAAAGCUAUUGAUUGGUGUAAGCUGGGGGGAGUUUCCACUAUUGUGACAUGUUGGAAUUAUCCUGGAGAGAGA